AUGGUUGGAAGACAGACGCUCCGAAUGGACAGCGGUACUUGCUCCGGGGCGGUGGUGGAUGAUAGCCCUGCAUCUAGUCCCAGCUCCAGCCCCAGUCCGGACGGUCGUCGUCGAGAACUCCAGCGGGCCAGGGUGCUCCAGACCGGCGGGCUCGGCGGGCUCGGCGGCAGAGGACGCCCGGCAGCAGCUAACGCAGCACGGGAGAGGAGCCGAGUGCAAACCCUGAGAAACGCGUUCCUGGAGCUACAAAGGACUUUGCCGUCAGUGCCGCCGGACACCAAGCUGUCCAAACUCGACGUGUUGAUACUGGCCACCACCUAUAUUGCCCAUUUGACUCGAACACUACAGGAGGAAGGCACGGAGGAGGGAGAGAGCACAAAACAAACAGAGGCAUUACACUCUUUGAAAGGUGAAGGCUACCUGCACCCAGUGAAGAAAUGGCCAAUGCGAUCCAGACUGUACGUCGGGGCAAGCGGACAGUUCCUGAACACCACAACUGCUUCAGAGUCAGAGAACCAAGGCCCAUCAUCGUCCUCCUCCCAGUAA